ACGUCCCCGCGGUGUCCGUGUCCUGCCGGCUGCGCGCCCCGCGUUUAGGAAGAGAGAGAGAGAGAGAGAGGAAAAAAAAAAUAGACACGGAAAACUUCAGAGAAAUGGCGGAGUGCACAGGGACUCUCAAAGUCUUACGAGCCCAAAUGGCUGCCCAAGCUCAAGCACAAGCAGAAGAGAGACGCAGCCUGACAGGGAACAGUCCAGGUCCUGCAACCAACACACCAGCUAAACCUCAGGGGUGCAGGCCAGUGAUUGAUGGCGCCACACUUAGAAUAGACGAUAAACUGCGAGUGGCAAAGGAGAGGCGUGAGGAGGCAGACAGACAACAAGCUUUACGAGAGUCUCAGAUCAUGGAGCGGGAGCGUAAGACCAAGCUGCAAGUUGAGCGUCAGUUGGAGGAACGUCAGAGGAAACUUGAGGAACAGCGUAGGAAGGAAGAGCAGAAACGUUUGGCUGUGGAGGAGAAGAGGAAGCAGAAACAGGAGGAAGCAAAGGAGCACUACGAGGCGGUGGUACGGCGGACAAUGGAGCGCAGCCAGAGAGUAGAGCAGAGGCAAAAGAGAUGGUCCUGGGGAGGACUGUCACCAGAUUCAGAUGGAAGAACAGCGGACAAACGCUCUACAUCCACUACGAACCUGAAACAGCCUUCUGAGGCUGGCAUAAGCAAACGCCUGUCCUCCUCUGCCACCCUCAUCAAAUCUCCUGACAAACGCCAUUUUGUGAAGAAAAGAAGUUCCUCCCUCACACAAGUAGGUGUGAGUAGGGCUCAGACCCCUGCCAAGCCUGAUAAGGGAGCAGCAGAUGAACAAGUCUCUGCCAGCCCCCUGCUCCCAACACGUGGACCUGUGCGCAGCCGCAGCAUUGAUCGCCAGAAGAACAAUAGCACCACCCCUGUCUCAGCUGACGGAGCAGUCGACCCAGCGCGGAAGGACAAGCAGGUUACAUCACCUGUGGGGCAACGUCCUGCCUCCCCAUCCAGUGCCCUGGUACGCAACCGCUCACCAUCCCCGGCUGCCACUCGGACUCCAAAGAGGACCCCCUCCCCCACAGCAGCUAAACAAAGUUCCAGGACCCGUCCACCCUCUCCUUCUGUGAUGAAGCAACGUCCCCCAUCUCCCCAGUCUGUGUCAUCUAAACCCCCACCGAUCCAGAAGCCGGCUCUCAUCCCAGCAGUUCCUCCCACUCUGAGAAAGAGGGACUCCAAAACCAAAGACCUGGUUCCUGUCCAGGCUGUUUCCCCACAGUCUUCUGAUGCCAGCAAGUCCAAAGAUGAGUCUAAGACCACGGCUGGCACCAAUUCAGCUGCUGAGGCAGCUAAAAUCCUGGCAGAAAACCGCAGACUGAUGCGAGAACAGAAAGAAAGGGAGGAGCAGCUCAGGAUACAGAGGGAGGAAGAGGAAAAGCUAAGAAAAGAAGAGGAGAGGCGUUUAGCAGAGGAGGCUCGACUGAAACAGCUGGAAGAGGAGAAGCUACUUGAAGAAGAGCGGAAAAAGAGAGAAGAAGAAGAGGCACGUAUAGCAGAAGAGGAGCGGGAGAGAAUGGCAGCAGAGGAGGUGCUGAAAGAGGCCCAACUCCAGAGGGAACGGGAGGAGGCUGAAGCCAAGGCCUUGGAGGAGGCGGAGAGAGUCCGUCAGGAGAGAGACCGCAUCAUGCAAAAGAAUCAGCAAGAACGCAUGGAGAGAAAGAAGAGAAUUAAUGAAAUAAUGAAGAGAACUCGAGGAGAUCAAGGUGAUCUGAAGCGAGAUGAUGAUAAAUGCUCACAGGAGAAUGAAGAAGAGCUGAUGGACCAGAUAAACUGUGAAAUAAGGGUUUCAGAAAUGUUCUCAGCUGACGGUGUAUCUGAGACACGUGACUGUGUCAUGGAGCCAGACGAGGACACUGAAGAUGGAUGUGGUCUGUCUGGAGAUCCGGUGGCCCGACAGGAGCCCCUCGGCAGUGUAAAUGGAAAAUCAGAGACUGAAGACAAGGAGAAUGAUGUCACGAGCACAGAAGAGCUUCAGGCUGUUAGUCCAGGACCUACGAGCCGCCUUGUCGAGGGCUCAGAGUUCAUGAAUGAGCAGGACUCGGCCAAGGUGGGUCUGAUCUCAGGUGUCAAUGGGAAGCCCACCUCGUGGAGUUUUGAGGAACUCAUUGAUGUGAACAUCCACUCUAAGACCUGGCCUCUUGUUGAGUCAGAAGACUGUAAUCAGGUUUUAAUCACCUGUGAUGGGAGCUCAGAUGGUACCAAAGUAGCGUUUGAAAACAAGGGAACCCCGAGCAGUACCUUGCAUUCCUGUAAUCAACCCAUAGAAGCCCUGUCAGAGUUUUGAUGCAGCAGCUGUCCUACAGAAGCCAGUAUCCGGUUCUUUAGCAAGUCCUUUCCCAGCUUUGUGUUCUUUGUCAAGGUGAAGUGGAACGAUCACCAUCAGUACUAGACCUGCAUACUUUGUCCUAAGGAAAACAAUGACUAUUUUUAAUGCUUCAGGGAAAUUUAAAACACCUUCUCUGUGUGCCCGCUUCAGUUCCUCUUCCUCUUAGACGUAGUUCUUGAAUUUUUUUUUCUUUUUUUUUUACACCGUUUAUGUUAAGGGUUUGUUGUUGUAAUUUAUUUGGCUUCUUUGUUGUAACUAUUGUUAUGAAGUGUUUAGGUUUUUUGUAAUGUAUGAGAAUAUUCCAGGACAUGUGCACAUUAGAAUGUGUGAAUUGAAGAGGACCUUAAUAUUGUGAGGAAAUAGAAGGAAAGUUGUUGCAUUCUGUUCUCUGUGGGGUGGGUAUCCCCAUUAAAUGUACUUGACCAGCUGCUUUUUGCAGUAAUAAAUGGCCUUACCAUUUCUCUGAAAUUUAUUCAUAUAUAUAUAUAUAUAUAUAUAUAUGAAUAAAUAAAAACUGUGCAGAAAGUUAUCAGGGUCCCAUCAUUAGGGAUUAUUAUUAAUAUAAUUUAAACUUCCUGUCAGUCACCUUUUUCUUUUUGUUGAAAAUACACCAUCUCAUUGUUUUUCUUUACCUGACCACUAGAGGGCACACGUUCGACAGUUUGCUUUUGAAGCUGAAGGUUGAUAUGCUUUAUGAAAACAAAUUCAUGUUGACAUAGUUUAUUUGGUGGUUAUGUUGUCAUCUGGAUAGAACUCAGUUUUUACUAGUGUAUCACUAUAAUGUCAGAUUUAAAUUUAUUGUUCAUUUUAAGGUGGAGUCUAGCAGAAUUUUCAGUGAAUUGACUGUUGAACUCUCUUCCAUGUAGCCAUAACUGUUAAAAUAAUAACACACACAGGGUGAGGUUUAUGAGUUCUGUUCUUGGCUGUAUGUGAUACAUUUUCUGACCUAAUGGCCAGAAAUCACCUUUCAUGCAACGAGAAUUAAAAUUAUAAUCAAACUAAUUUGGCUUUAACACAAACUUUAAUGAAGCUCAUGCUUUGCUGAGUCCUUCUGUUGGUUAUUAAUUCUACUUAUGUUCCUCUAACAUCUUCCAAAAUUCUAAACACACUAGCUGCUACUUGUGACAAACAAUUAUUUUAUAAUAUAAAAAAUAUGGCUGUUUAUGUAUAAAAAUUCAUUUGUACUUGUAUUUAAGUGUUGCUGUUUUAUGUACAUAAUCAGUAUUAGGCAAAUUAAGCCACGCUGUGGAUAAAGUAUCCAAGUUUGGAUUGCUGAAGUCUGUGUCGGACUCGGUUAAUAAAACUCUAUCUAAAGCUUUGCAUAAUGAAGAGGCCAAGUGGGGCAGCAGUGUUUCCUGGGAAUCACCGCGUACGUUUGCGUUAACAGGUUUCACGCCUUCACAUUUUCUUUCUGAUUAAAACGGAGACCGACCUAGCUGGUUGUAGAGCAGAACUGUUUUAGCUCCUUAGUGAAGCAUCUAGUCCGUAAUGUGAGUUAUAACCCGGUCAUUACGAUGCUUUUGUAUUAUACAAGGAUAAAGAAAUGGCACUGGAAACAUAGUUGGAAUAUCCUUUUGUAGCAUGAGCAAACCCACCCACAUUAAUUCAGGUGUGAACAAAAUGUGACAAAGCUUUUUGAAGCUAGAGGUUUUGUGACCUGGAGAUUUGGCUUCUUUUUUUGUUGCUGUUGUUGUUAGCUUUCAUACUCUAUCGUGACAGAAGCUCAAAAGAAUGAAUCAGACUUGUUAAUCUAUUCUGAAAUAUUUAAAGCUCUUUCAAAAGCUGCCUGCUUUCGCCUUGUAUAUUAUUCAUAUGGAAAAUGUGACAUGAGACGCUUUGUCAAAUCAGAAAUGACUUGGCGUGUUUAAAGAAUUACUAAUUGUUAGUAUACACACUUGUAGCAUGUUUGUGAAGCUGUUCAUGCUUUUGUUUUGAACUCUCAUACCCCAAACCUGUCCAGUACCCAGACUCAAUAGCAUUUGUUAAUUUGCUAUACACUGCUGAUUGGUUUAUUCCAGAUCCUGCUGCAUUUUUGAGGAUUUGACCGUGGAGCUGCUGGUGCUUGGCGUUGUCUAUAACAGUAGAACAGUGCCUUAGAUCCAGAUUAUUUCAUGUUUAUUUUGUCACUGUUACUAAGAAAGCGUGUCCUUACCUUGGCCUUGACAAUCAGUUUACCUAGCCUGGGCGACUUUGUGAAUAUAUUUCUCUGGAAGUUUUUCAAACCUAAUAAAGUUGUGUCCACAAAUUAAAUUUGUACUAUAUGUGGUUAAGUGUACUGAGAUGUUAAACAAUAAAGUCUUGCAAAAAA